GUUACUGGACGCCACGUACGUCCGUGACACUAGCGUGGCCGGGACUUUCACGUUUUGUUCAUUUCGCGGUCCACGACGUCGGUGUACGAGAGUUCGCGUGUGCGUCCACAUCAUAUCAUCUCACUAAGAUUGUUUGGAAGUUUAUUUUUACUUAUUUUCCCUAUUAUUUCAACUAUUGUUAUUUGUGAACCAUUAUUGUAAUUAUUCCCCUAAGAUCAUAUUUUUUUACCCUCCUCUCGUUUCUGGCCCAUCCGACGGUCUUGUUUUGUAGUGGUUUUGGUGCGUGGUAGAAUAUAAAAUUAUAAUUACAAAAAUCGCGAAAAGUUUUCACUCGUGCGUCUCCGAUUUUAAUAUCAAUUUUCUCGGGAACAUUCAUCCUCGCGGUAGUUGUUAUUUUUUUUAUCUUUAUUUUUUUGCUUUAAAAUGACCGACAGCAGUUACAAUUCACCGGCCAGGAGUUACGGCUCACCGGCCAGAAGUCUAAAAAUGCUGGACAGGGUUUACGGAUCGCCGUCUCGGUCGUACUGUGGCGAUCAUUCUUCGGCUACCGAAUCUGAAGGCGAAGAAACGUUGGACUUGUUAACUGAAAUACCGAGUUCGCCCGACCAAACUGUUAUGGACGGUUGGCUAAAAUUCAGGGACAACAAAAAAUGGAGACACAGAUGGGGCGUUAUGACCAAACUAUCUCCAGCUGCAGACUGUUUACAUUUACAAUUGUACAGAGACAGUAAAGACCGAUACAAACAUGGCCAAACAAAAGCUUCAUUAUCUUUGCAACACUUCCUGGGUGUAGAGUCUGGAUUUACGUUGGACAAGGAAUCUAACACGAUAGCAAUCAUUUGCCAAGAUGUAACUGUUGUGUUAGCAUUUGAUACUCGAGAGAGACUGAUCCAGUGGCAAGUGAAGAUAUCCUCAAACUUAGGAGACGAUCAACAGUUUCUGAUCCAAAUAGCAUCUUGUCCGCCCAAAUCAAAGAUAUCUACAGGACCCGCUCGAUUACAUAUACAAGACUUGAGGUUUUCGAUGACAACCGGAGUCCCACCAAGAUUAGCAGGCGUUUGGGAACUCCGUCACUUGAGAAAGUACGGAGUUAUCGAGAACCGAUUUUGCUACGAGGGUGGCUCAAGGUGUGGCAAAGGCGAAGGCUUGUUUGUGUGUUUUACCGAUCAGGGAGACGAAAUAACUAGGUGCAUGAACUUGGCAGCAGAAAGCAAGCUGGCCACCAGGAAAAAAUUCCUCACUAGAAAUAUGUCAGUUUUAGAAAGUCCGUCCAAAAGAGGACUAUUGUCUCGAUUAGAUUCUAGAGCUUCCGACUACGGUGGUGAUCAUAACUUAUACAAUCAACAUCCUCACGAUAGAAGUAAUGAAGACAACAUGUGUUGGCCAUCCAACGAAAGUCGACUAGACAAUUCGGACUUUGGAGACACCGCUUCCGUAGGAGAUUUCCAGGAUCCAAACUUACAGGAAUGUACAUGGACCCCAGAAACCGCUUUGGAACGAUGUGCCAGCUGUAUUAGUAAACUUGGAGCAUUGUCUCGUUCUUCAACUAUGGCCAACACCCCAGGAAGCAUAGGAUUCAAUCCCGCGUGGACAAUGGACAACAAUGUGUCGUCACUAAAUUUCAUACCGGAAAUGAGUAACGGACACCAGUGUUGCGAAUAUGUGUCGUCGCAGAGCAGCAGCAGUGGCGGAAGCGCCGGAUGUAGUUCUGUGUGCGGUACCGAAUAUUCUGUACCCAGAAAAGUAUGCAACUCUAUGAACGACAAAAUCCAUAAAAGUCAACCUGAAACAUGUGCGCCGAACAGACCACCAAAACCGGUACACCUAAAGCCGGAAACAAGUACGCCGGUGAAAAAAGCUCCUAUGCCUUUGCCUCAGCAAGAGACUCCGUGUGUAUGCCGAUGCAACGAUAAACCUAGACAAUCAUACCACCUCAACAACUAUGAUACUCCAAAGACUAUGUGCACUAACACAAAAUCAAAUAAAAUGUAUCCAACCGUUCAAGAUGAAUACUACGACACGCCGCGGAACAUCAAGUCCGUUUUGGAAAUCAACCCCUACGGCAAUUACGAUACGCCUCCGUCGCCCGUGGCUGUUCACAAAAAAUCCAAUGCUGGUUCACAAAAAAAAGCGGAGAUACAGUGCACAGGAAUAUGCCAUUGCCAAAGAACUAUGGCUUGUUGGUCUCAUAACUGGAUGACAAUGGCUCCUCACUGUAAACGAAAUAACCAUCAUAACGAAUACCAAAUAAACAAUACGACGGCGGCCGCGCACGAGUGUUGUCAGCCGACCAACGGGGCCAUUUACGCGACGGUGGACGUGACGAAGAAGAAGAAACACGCGGAACCGGCCACCGCGGUUGUGUCGCCGACGUGCAACUACAUGAACUUGGAACCACCGGUGGCCAACGUCAACGGCCGCAAACCGGCGGCCGCGGACAACUACAUGAACCUGGAGUUCAGCGAGUCGCUGUGCCAUUACGAGAACGCGAAGAACGUGUUGACCAGGGCCGGGCUGACGAACGCUUGCGACCGAUGCGGCCACCAGAGACGUGGUCGCGCGGAAAACAACGGGUCGGGCGGCGACGAGAAGGGUGACUACAUGACCAUGGAACCGGUGAACGGCGGCCGGAUGGCCGAGGCGGUCAAGCGGAACCUGUUCCCCGGCUACCUGCCCAUGUGCCCGGCCGCCGGCGGUGGCCACGGCCGAUGUCCACGAUGCGGCACAGGCGCACGAUGGCCGCCGUGGCCUACGCGCCCGUCGGCUGCGUGCACGGGUCGCUUCCCAGGCGGUCCAAGUCCACCGAUCGGCUCAAGGAGCUGAGCUUCCGGUUCCAGAAGUUCGUCGGUCCGAUGAAGUCGUCGUCCGCCGGCGCCGAGGUGCCCGUGUGCUUGAAAAAAGAUAAAGGGUUUAACAUGCACGCGGAAGGGAACACUGGUGUGCCGUUUUUGGACUCGCAGAGCACGAGCAGUUACACGUCGGACAUGAGCGAUUACAUCGAGACGUUGUCGUUGUCUUCGCACAGUUCAUCGGACACCAACAACGAGAACCAGAGGUUCGGUGGUCGACCGGCGGCCAAGACUACGCUGAAGCCGCGUUCCGGCAAGGAAUACCAUCAGAUCGGGUUCUUCAUGGACGGCGACUUAAAGGCCAAAUCCAGUAUACCGCCAGUACCUGAAAAGCCGGAAACGCCUCCGUCGAGGUACAAGGCCGAGGCGCAAGAGAGCAACGUGGCCUGAUCGCGAAGGAGAAGCCAACCGUCCGCGCGACCUCGGACACCGCAUAGCGCAGAGAAGAGGGGAGACGAAAACGACAUCGCUGCUGAACUACGCUGUACAUUCGAUUUUACUGGAAAUAACAUAUCACGUGUACAAAAACUAUUACUUUAAUAGGUGCAAUAUGCAUAAAUAACAUUGAUGUAAUUUUAGUGUUGAAUUUAAGACUGCCCAACUUGACAACUAACUGUUCUAUACAAACGGAUGUAUCAUAUUGGAAUUGUAAUACUUUUAUGUAUUUCAUAAAAUGAAAUAUUGCAUUGUAUCCAUUAUAAUAACGGUUUAGUCGUAAGAACUAGUCAUCUAUAGUCAAUUUAAAAUUUCGUAGUGGAAUGUUUUCUUUAGUGUAUUAUAUGUAACUAAU